AUGUCUGCUAUCCAUGAGAUUCCCAUCCAAGUCGGCACUGAUUUCGAUGCCUACAUCGACGACACAGACUUUCGGACAAGCACGCCUCAAGAUGCGGUGUCAGGCUCGGUCUUGAGUCCGCGUGGCCUUCACAAGGCCACCGCGGCAGUCUUAGGUUGCUCCCUGGCCAUUGACAAAAUAGGCUUGGUGAGCAGCAGCAAGCAGAUCGCCCGGCAGAUUGAGCUGCAGCUUGGCGCUCUGGCUGGGGAGCCAGCCCCGUCCGUGAUCAAUUCAGGUGUGGACUACACGGCUGGGCGUGCACUCCGCGCUCGUGGCGCGGACAAAGGCAAGUCUAGUAGGUUCGAGGAGCGCCGGGCGCUCGCCGGGAGGAAGACCCUCAGGUUGUGCAAACAUAAGGAGGUCCUCGGCCAGAAAUCUCUCCGAAAUUUCACCGCGGGCCCCUUGCCGAGCGGCUCCUACGGCGCUGAAGUGUUUGGCAUCAGUGAUACCGAACUGCACUUGUUCCGCUCCCUGGGGAUGUCGACGAUAGCUCCUAAGUCGCAGCGCCGUCCUUUGAUUGUGAUCUCCCUGCUGGAAGGAGAUCCGCAGUGGCGUGUUAGCAUAGCUUCUUUGGUUCGCUACGCCAAGGAGUUGUGGUUGCCGCAGACUAGGCAGCUUGCGGGAUCCCUUUCUGUCAAGCUUCUCCGUGAGGCGUGGGCCCAAGUGUUUGGAAUGCUGGCUACGACGCCCCUGCGGUCUGUGGACUGUGUGGACAGCAUGAUGACACGCUCUGGCAUAGGGUAUGGCAAUGUCCAGCUUGUGCUGCCGAGCGUGAGCGCCUCGUUCCCGAAGAUAUUAUUGCGCUGGCCUUGGACGCUGAAUCUGAACAGUAUGAGUAUACCUUGUUUGUGCAUGGAGCACAUCGUCACCCAGGAGAUGAUUUGCCCAAGCCCUCAGCGGACGGUGCAGUCCAUGUGGGUUGGUAUGUGCCCGAGGGUUGUCGCCUCGGACGGCGGAGUCGGUGCCCCGGCGCCAGCACGCGGCAGCAGCCACCUGCGGCAGCUCACUGUUUUCUUAAGCGUGACCAGUGCACGGGAGGUGGGGGGUGAUAAAGCCGCGGCGCGUGAUCAGAGCGCAUUGCUGCAGACGCUCCAGACGUUCUCCCUCCCACCCUCCCCGCAGCAUUUUAAGCGCCGCCCCACGCUGAAACAGCCCUACCCGAUCGAUACAGCAGUCGCAAUGCGAGCUGCCUGCGCCGUGCUUGCCGUUGAGUCCCUUGUCGUCACGCCGAAGGCCGCGGCGGAGCCAGAGCCUCCCGCGGCGCCGCAGCCCCCCGCCGCGGGCCACAGGCCGGCCUCCAGGCCUCCGGCGGGGCCGGGCGCGGCCGCCGCGGCCGCGUCGGGAGCAGCCGUCCUCCUCAAGGGCGGCACUCUCCCCAGGGGGCUGGACCCGCUCAGCGCGCUCGCCUCGCAGCGGCAGCCGCCAGAGGCAGCUGCAGAGGCGGAGGCGCAGAAGCGUGGGGGCAAGGCCGGCAAGAGAGACAAGGGCGAGGGCCGCACGACGAGGUCCGCGGACCCCACCGUGGCCCGCCGCGGCAGAGAGCCGGAGCUGCCGCAGCUCGUGCGGGCCACCUCGCUGGGCGCCUCGGGCAACGGCAGCAGGCGGCUGCCCGAGCCGAAGGCGCCGCAGGCGAUGCCCCCUGCGAGGGCGCCGGCCGCAGGCUGGAUGUCCCCCGGCCGCGAGCAGCGCGUGGACACGCAGGAGCUGCGGAGCCGCGCGGACAAGGUCGCCCUGACGCACGCACAGGAGGCCAAGGAGCGAGAGGACAGCCUCCUCCGGAUGCUGGACAACCGCACGCGGCAGCGUGGGGUGCUGUGA